AUGUCACGUCUCAAAUCGUUGCCUGCGGCCUCGCCUGCCUGCCUGCCUGCAGGUGUGACUGUCUUCACGGCCUACGGCGCGUCUGCCACAUCGUUGAUCGCGACGCUCCCCGACGGCGGCUCUUCUGCCGCUUCUGCCGCUUCGGCCAAACCUCUGCUGUAUAAGGGAAAGACAUUUAUAAAAUACGUGGCCAAGAUGAAACCUACCAAGCGUAAUGGGAAGAUAGUUGGCGACAAAGGAGCUUCGGGGAUCGCCUCGGUAAAGGUGGUGAGGUACUCAGACUCUUCCUACAGAAUAACCUAUUAUCUCCUUCUCAAAAACCUCAAAGGAGGAGAAUCACCGUGGUUUGGUUUUACGCCGAACUGCUUCCCAGCUAGCGUUGACUCCAAGCCUGCGUGGUUCAACCUCACAAAUCCCAAGUCUGGACGCAAGCGUUACAGCUUCAUGUUCGUUGAUGACAUUGUUGCUGGGUCGGAGGGUAGUGCCCGCAGUAUUGUGACUGAUAUAGUGAUGUCAGCGUAUGCAGUAGCAGGACAAGAAGGUAACGAUUUCGCGCUCUGUGGGAAGGUUGUGAAAAAGGUGUGA